GUACCCGGAUCGGAACUUUAACUCCUGGGUUGAUUAGUUCCAAGCAGAAACAUCGAGGGGCUCUCGAAAUAUGAUGUAAUCUCGAUUCAAACAUGUGUGUACAGAUGCCCAUGAAGGACACCCCACCGUGGAUGUGAGUUUUGGGAGGUCUCCUUGUUUAUCCAUCACGCACACACACGCACGCACACACACACGCACAAUAGAGGAAACAGGACCCGGCUGCUGACCCUUUACCGGCGGCAAGAUGACGUGCCGCGACCGGACCCUCGAGUUCCAGUCCGCCUGUAAAUCUCUCCAGGGCAGACCGAAUGGAGUCCAGCCAAUUAAACCAACCCUCAGCGCUCUCAGGCAGCGCAGUGACUUCACAGUUAUGGCCAAGAGAAUUGGAAAAGACUUGAGCAAUACAUUUGCCAAACUGGAAAAGCUCACUAUUUUGGCAAAAAGAAAAUCUCUAUUUGACGACAAGGCAGUGGAGAUCGAGGAGCUAACGUACAUCAUCAAACAAGACAUCAACAGUCUAAACAAACAGAUUGCACAGCUGCAGGACUUGGUGAGGUCCCGCGGAGCUCCCGGUGGCCGACACAUCCAAACCCACUCUAACACUAUAGUGGUGUCUUUACAGUCCAAACUGGCUUCAAUGUCCAAUGACUUCAAGUCAGUCCUAGAAGUCAGAACAGAGAACCUGAAGCAGCAGCGCAGCAGGAGAGAGCAGUUCUCCCAGCCCCCGGUCUCGUCUUCUCCUCUGAUGGCCAACAACUUCAGGAGCCGCAAAAAAGGGGCCCAGGAGCCGCAUGCAGCUCGUGAGCCGCGCAAUGGUUACCAGGGCAAUACAACCUCAAAUUUAAAAGAGAGCUCGGUCCUGAUGCAGGAUGAGUCCAGGAGUAUGGGGGACGUGGCCAUCAAUAUGGACUCUCAGACCAAUCCCUUGCAACUCCAGCUUAUCGAUGAGCAGGACUCGUACAUCCAGAGCCGUGCAGACACCAUGCAGAACAUUGAGAGCACCAUCGUGGAGCUGGGCUCUAUAUUCCAGCAGCUGGCACACAUGGUCAAGGAGCAAGAGGAGACCAUCCAGAGGAUCGACGCUAACGUGGAGGACACCCAGCUCAACGUGGAGUCCGCCCACACAGAGAUCCUCAAAUACUUUCAGUCAGUCUCCUCCAAUCGCUGGCUGAUGAUCAAGAUCUUUCUCGUCCUCGUCGUCUUCUUUAUCAUCUUUGUUGUCUUCUUCGCUUGAAGAAAAGAGGAGCAGCAGGAGAGGAGGAGAAAAUCACAGAGAAUGAGGUGAAAGAAAUUAAAGCUGGACUGAGACAACACGUCCAGAUGAUGUAUUUGAAGGAAAGACUUCACUGUCAAAGUGACACUUUGAUUGAGACCCGGGACCCGCUCAGAUUAAUACAGACUUUCCGGUUAUUCCCAAGCAACAGACUCUUGAUUCGUCAAUUCAGUGAAGAAUGAAGAUGUCGAAUUCUGUCCAAAUGAAAGAAUAAAUUAUCUAAAAUCCCCACUUUGUAUAGAGAGAGAGAGAGAGAGAGAGAGAGAGAGCAAAGUUGCUCAGUAUUGUACUUUGACCAAUUACUCAUAAGCAUUUAAUCAAAAUGGCUAUAAUUUAAUGGUUUGAUUCUGCAAACUGUCUUUUAACUUUGAUUUUCUUGUUUACCCCAUCUACUAUUAUGAUUAUUAUCAUAAUAAUAAUAAUGAUAUAAUAAUCAUACUAUUUCAAAGCCGAACAACAGAACUGGAGUUUAUCCUCAGAGCAUUUUGCUUCUUAGUUUACUUACCUUUUAUAAAGAGCAUGACUGUGCCCCUUCUUUAUCAACAAUUCAUCACUUCAAGAUAUUUCUUUUAUUCUGUUAUGUUUUCAAACUUUAUUUGCCAAAUGGGUACUCGUAUAGAACUGUGACACAAUUCGAAGACACUCGUUGUGGUCCAGCAUUUCGUGUUCUGGAGGCACAAUAAGGUACAGACAUCUGAAGGGACUUUUGCUGGUGUUAUUCAGAUACAAGCUGUACGAAGUCAAAAGAUAUGUCACAACACUGUUUUAAAUGAAACGGUUUGGCUGUUAGCCUUCAGGCAGGUUGGAAAAAGUGUAAACAUCAAGUGCUGCGGAAAGAUUUCAGCAUAUGAGUCAAGUAUCGGAAGGAUCCAGGUUGUUCAUCAGAGCUUAUGAAGGGGUUAGAAUGGUUGUGGAGUCUCUCUUAUGAAGUGACUCAAUCAGCCAGAUUCCCUGGAAGUGUCUGGUCGGAUGCCACUGUUGUCGUUGCGUCCCCUCUUAAUCUUUCCACACUUAUCGGGUGUUACUAUAAAUGACCAUAGCUUUUUAAAAAGAAAGAGAAAACAUUCUUCCUAUUUUUUUCCCUGUCUGUUCUUUUUUUAGCCAAAUGCCUUGACUUCAGUGUAUAAAGUGCAAAUAGUGAUAAUGAUGUAUUGAUAAGAAAGUGCAUAUUAAUAAAAUGAUAAUGGGGUGCUGGCAUUCACGGCUGAGAUUUUCUUGGGAUAAAAGGAUUAGGCGGCAGUGAUAUAAUUAGCCGUGCUGGGAGGCUAAGUUUAGCUCACAGAGACGUGCUAAGCAGUUACAGCUUUGUGUGACAUAUUCAACAUAUUUACACCAGAAAGACAUAUUCUACUUAUAUUUAUUUACAGGUCUCAGACAUAUUUACAUAAUAUUUAACCUUCUCAACCACAAUAAAUUGAUAAAGGUCCGUGUAUCUUUCAUUCCUAUUUUAGAAGAGCUUCUAGACUUACAAAAUGUUGACAUAACUGAUAUAAAUGGGCAAAAAAGCAAGAUUCACACUUUGUCUCAAAUGGAUCAAAAGAAAAAAACACAUUUGUUGGGGAAAAAUGUUUUUAACCACAAAGAAUAAUGACAACAUUGUAUAUUUAUUUCCCCAAAUACAUAUCAUAUUCACAAUAAAAAAAAAAAGAAGAUCACAGAUGAUCCGUGUUAUUUUCUGCUUGCAAGGAUUUGCUUUAUGGAUACACUAUGAGAGUAAUCGAUAACCUCCAUCAGCAGCUUUUUGUUUUUAAGGAAACCUG